CCUAAUGACGUCUGUCUGAUUUCUCUAUUUUUCUGCUGUUGGUGUGAAAUCAACAAAAAGAUUAUAAGGAAUUAAAUGUAGCAGAAUGAAAUCCCCUGUCCUGUACAGUCUUAAUCACCAGGUGACGCUAUUGGUCCUUCUUUCGAGUGCCACUGUUGCGCAACUUAUCAUGUUUUAACAUUUCCAUUAAUAAAGCCCUGACAUGAUCUAACCAAAUGUAUGACUGGAGGAAACAAGCACGUGAUCCACUUGAAACGAUCUAUAUUUGGCCAAUAGCAAAUGAAGAUGGAAAAAACUUUCACCUAUAAAAAUCUGGAUUAAUCAUAAACAGUUCAAGCAAAACACAAAUCACAGGCGUUUACAGCAAGAAAUGUGAAAGAAAAAAAAAAAACUUCCAAAAAGUUAUUUUUUUUUUUAGCGCUUUGCGAUGACAUCUUACGUUUCCGAUUGAAGAAAUCGAGUCACGCGGAGUCCGCCUUCGCAAAAACCAACAACCGCGCCCACGAAGUCCACGCGAGCGAGCGAGCGCGCGCCCUGCCCCCGUUACAGCCACCGCCGCCGUCGCCGCGUGCGGGAGAUGAGCUCCGGUCCACCUGCUGACCACCAACACCACCACCAACACCACCACCACCACCACCAUGACGACUAUGACCGCGCCUCGGAACCGUCUUACGACGCGCAAAGCGGAGACGCGGACGACGGGAGACACGACGAUGCGUUCGAGGUCGAAAAGAAAGCAAAAAGCGGCGCGGAAAAGAAAGUGAAAGCUGCGCAGCUCGCGCACUCUCGACCGCAAAUCUACCCGUGGAUGACUAAACUGCACGCGAGCCACGAAUCGGAUGGGAAACGAGCGAGGACGAGUUACACCCGAUACCAAACACUGGAGCUGGAGAAAGAGUUUCACUACAACCGAUAUUUAUCCAGACGAAGGAGAAUCGAGAUCGCGAACACGCUGUGUCUGAAUGAGAGGCAGAUCAAAAUCUGGUUUCAGAACCGCAGAAUGAAAUGGAAGAAAGACACAAAGACACAAAAUUAAGCAUCAAUACUAAACUAAAAAAAAAAAGGCUUAGACCUUAUAAUGUCUUAUUACUAAUAGGUCUGUGGCGAUAUUACAAUUUCUUAUCAUGAUAAUCACCAGGCCUUUCAUUUUACUAUCAUAAUAUUGUACACUCAGGAGAAAAAAAAAAAAAAAAAAAAAAAAAAAAAACAGUACCCAACUAUACAGUUCCUUGUUGUUUGGGUUGCACCCUCAAGGGUACAGAUGCUGUAGCUUUAAUAGCCUGUAUAUAUUUAACCUAGAAAUGUGGAUAUAAUGUACACCAUGUGUGUACCUUAAACCAUUUUUAAACGUGCACUAUCCACAUUUCCAGGUGAAAAAUACAAAAACGUACAAAAGAUAAAAAGGCACCACUGCAGAGACAAGGAAAGGUACAGUUUAGUACUAUUUUUUCCGAGUGUGUAGGCAUUUUUUUUAAUCCUCUCUAGUCUUGAGUCAUGAAGAUGCAGACCGCCAUGUUUAACUUUUAGUGAACUUCGGAGAUGAAGUGCAUCAGGAAGUGCACAUGCACUGUUCCUUCAAAUUCAUUUAUAACACGGAACCUGUACAUACCCAGGUCUUAUGGCACUGUAGACAGGGCAGACUUAUUUUUUGUUUUUUGGGAUGCUGCCCAAAAUGGCCACCUAGUGAGGAAUCCUCCUCCAAAAUAAUAAAUAAAGCUCAGGAGGGUUAUGAGAGCGUGAUGAGAGCAUCAUGUCCACAAUAUAUCCAAUAACAAAUGAUCGGCACAAGCCUACUACUGAUAUUAACCCAUGAGUGUCAUUUUUACACUGUAAUAGGUCUGAGUGUAAGAAUGCAUCACUGAUGCUGGAGUUAGAGCACUUAAAUAUAGGCCUAAUACUGAGAUAUAUUAAUAUAAACGUGCAAAGAUGUAUUUUUGUCUAAUUUAUGAGAUUACAACGCUUCAGAACUGCUAUGAGACACUGCACCGAGGUCAGUGCACAUGACUACAGGUUUACCUUUUGCUUAAUCCUUGAUCUUUGUUGAUGUUCUAUUCUGUCACUGACUUACAAGCUUAGAUAAAAGACUUUUCCUUUUUUUCCCUUUUUUUUCUUUAAGAACUUCAGUAUUUAUUGUAAGUCACUAACAAAGCAGAUGCUGUAUAUUGGAAAUAUUGCACACAGGCUAAACAAUCCUCAUGGCUGUGCAAAUAAUGGAUUCAAUGCAAUAAAUGAAAAUCCUGUACUGAAUAAAAUCUCUUAAAGUGCCA